GUCAGUUUGUAUUUUGAUUACAAAAAAAUGUAUUAUUAAAUAUUUUAUUAUUUUUUGUUAAAUACUAUUUAUUCCUUGUGUCGAUGGUGAUAAUUAUGAAUUCAAACCACGAAAGGGACCCGAAAAAACGCAAAGUUAAACCUGUGGAAUCUGCACAACAAUUGUUGGAUUUUGAUUUGGAAGAAAGUUCUGAUGACAGUGAUUUUAGGAUAGAGGACCAUGCUGAAGAAAGUGAUGAUUAUGAUUCCUUAAAUACUGAUGACGAAGGAAAUGAUGAUGAAUCUGGUGAUUCUGAUGACAGUUCUGACUCUGAGGAUGAAAAAGCAAAAAAUUCUCAGGCAAAUGAUCAAGGCAAAUCAAUUAAUGAUAUUAUACAGGAAUUUGAUAAAAAGAUUAAAACUCCUCCAAUUUGUGCGGGUUGUCUGGGAGACAGGAGUGAUGAUACAAAUGAAAUUGUGGAAUGCGAUGGAUGUGGUACGACUGUUCAUGAAGGCUGCUAUGGUGUCUCAGAUUCUGCUAGUGUUUCUAGUACGGUUUCAUCUUGUUCGACAGAGCCAUGGUUUUGUGAGGCGUGCAAGGCUGGUGUCAUGAAUCCACACUGCGAAUUGUGCCCUAAUGAAGGAGGGAUUUUCAAGGAGACUGAUGUGGGAAAAUGGGUGCAUUUGGUAUGUGCACUAUACGUACCAGGUGUUGCUUUUGGCGAAGUGGAUCAUUUAUCUUCAGUAACUCUUUUUGAAAUGCCUUAUAAUAAAUGGGGAGCAAAAGUUUGUUGUCUUUGUGAGGAUGAUAGAUUUGCACGAACUGGUGUUUGCAUCGGAUGUGAUGCUGGGAUGUGCAAGACUUACUUUCAUGUCACUUGGUGA